UAGUUCUGUCAUUCGUCCAGUGCGGCAGGUGGCGCUACAGUCACUCACUCUCACCGCAGCAGCGCCACCCGGUUCCUCAAAAUCUCUCCCAUCCGCUAUUUGAUGAUGGAGCUACUUUGAGCGUCUAAAACGGAUGACAGCUCUUUAUUAAACUAACAAAUGCGCCAGAAGUGAGCGAACUUCUGUAGAUUAACGAUAAAAGCGGUCGAGGAAGGCGCAAACAUGUCGGCGAGCGCUGUUUAUGUGUUGGAUCUGAAGGGGAAGGUGCUGAUCUGCCGUAAUUACCGCGGGGAUGUGGACAUGUCUGAAAUCGAGCAUUUCAUGACCCUGCUGAUGGAUAAAGAGGAAGAGGGAACGCUGUCGCCCAUCCUGGCUCACGGGGGAGUUCGCUUCAUGUGGAUCAAACACAACAACUUGUACCUUGUUGCAACAUCCAAGAAGAAUGCUUGCGUCUCCCUGGUUUUCUCCUUCCUCUACAAAAUUGUUCAGGUUUUCUCUGAAUACUUUAAGGAGCUGGAGGAGGAGAGUAUCAGAGAUAACUUUGUCAUAAUCUACGAGCUGUUGGAUGAACUCAUGGACUUUGGAUACCCGCAAACCACUGACAGCAAGAUCCUUCAGGAAUACAUCACGCAGGAAGGUCACAAGCUGGACACGGGCGCUCCGCGGCCCCCUGCCACGGUCACUAACGCAGUCUCCUGGAGGUCAGAGGGCAUCAAGUACAGGAAGAACGAGGUUUUCCUGGACGUCAUCGAGUCUGUCAACCUCUUGGUCAGCGCGAACGGUAACGUCCUUCGCAGUGAGAUUGUUGGCUCCAUUAAGAUGAGAGUGUUCCUCUCAGGAAUGCCAGAGCUGCGUUUGGGUCUGAAUGACAAGGUUCUGUUUGAGAACACCGGCCGUGGUAAGAGUAAGUCGGUGGAGCUGGAGGAUGUGAAGUUUCAUCAGUGUGUGCGUCUGUCUCGAUUUGAGAACGAUCGAACAAUCUCCUUCAUCCCUCCAGACGGAGAGUUUGAGCUGAUGUCCUACCGCCUCAACACACACGUGAAGCCGCUGAUCUGGAUCGAGUCUGUGAUCGAGAAGCAUUCACACAGCAGAAUCGAGUACAUGAUCAAAGCCAAGUCUCAGUUUAAGCGACGCUCCACUGCCAACAACGUGGAGAUUCAUAUUCCAGUCCCGACCGACGCAGACUCACCCAAGUUUAAGACCACAGUGGGCAGCGUGAAGUGGGUGCCGGAGAACAGCGAGAUUGUUUGGUCCAUCAAAUCCUUCCCUGGAGGUAAGGAGUACCUGAUGAGGGCUCAUUUCGGGCUGCCCAGCGUGGAGGCAGAGGACAAGGAGGGAAAACCACCAAUCAGUGUGAAGUUUGAGAUUCCCUAUUUCACCACCUCUGGAAUACAGGUGCGUUACCUGAAGAUCAUCGAGAAGAGCGGCUAUCAGGCCCUGCCGUGGGUGCGAUACAUCACCCAGAACGGAGACUAUCAGCUGCGGACUCAGUGAACGUGAAGAAUUAGCCUAGAGGAUCAUGGGUCAAGGAAGCGUCUCUGUCUGUCUCUCUCUGCUGUAUGUAGAGGCUCCACACUCAUCUGCAGUAUUCACAACACAUUAGUGCUUCGAAUCAUUUCAAACAAAUACACGUCAGAUCUACACAGCGUGUUAUUUAGAUUUUGUCCAAAUCUUCCUAUAUUGAAUCUCAUGAAACUCUCCAGAACAUGUGAAUCGUUUAGAAGAAUCAAAUGAAUCUUUGCUUGUUUUUAGAAUCAUAUGAAUCUUUACUUUUGAAUCAUUAAGAUUCUUAUAUUGUCAUAACUAAUCACAUUCCCUUCAGAUUCUCAUUGAUUCUUCUGAUUUUGUGUUGAAAUAUGAGCCUGACAUCCUUGAGAGGAUUUGAAAGAUUCAUACAUGCAUACAUGCUGAUUCACUUGUACUGAAUCAUUUCUUGGCCAUUCCACAAGCUUUAAUUCGUAUACUGCAGAUGUGUGUGUGUUCGGUGUCUGUGUCUGUCUCUGUGUGUGUGUGUUUGACAGUUAACGGGAAUCAUGUUCCUUUACAUUUCAUGAAAACGCAGCGCAGUCUUUAUCCAAUGGUACCACGUCACAUCUCAACGGAGGAAGUGUUCAUACAUGUCACAUUUCAGAUGUUUUCAUACUGUAAACACUUCAUGUUCAGAAUGAAGAGCCGUUCGUUUGCGGUUAUUUAUCAGAUGAAGUCGUAAGGUCACAGCGGUAGUAUGUUGCACAUUACAGUGUUCGUUUGUUACGUUAAUUCAAAAAAGGUUAGAUGAAUCGACUCUUAUUGAAGCGUUUGUAUUUCUAGGUCAUCAUUUCGUUCAGUAUUUCACGUCAGGGACGUCCUCAGAUAUUGUUUAUUAAUAUUCGGUAUUCUUUUGACGUCGUUCCUGCACACUGACUCUUUAGUUUUUAUAUUUGAUAGUUUAUUUAUAGUACGUUGUAAUUCAGUAUUAUUGGCUGCAGUACCUCAUGAGUUUACUACACUGCUAAAAUGCAGAAUUACACUCGAUUUAAACCGUUCAACACACAACUGAAAUCUGAAGUCAACCGUGGUGCCAUUUUAAAAAUAGGAGAUGAAAUAGAAAAUGUUUUUUUGCUUGUUUUUUGUAUUAAUUUGUCGAUUUGUCUCAUUUCAUUUGCCUUUAAAGGAUAGAAUGUGAAGGUUACCAUGUUUACUAUGGUACAGCAUGCAGUGGAGCUGAAAUGUGACAUAAUUGCAUUCCUCUUGAAAUGUUCCUGUAUCUCACUUAAAUACUUCACCUCUCUGUACACAUCAGACGUCAAUAAAGUACCUGUUUAGAAAAUA